AUGAGCCAGGUCCAAAGGUUAGAAGCAUUGCUUCGACAAAAAGAGCACGAGAAGCAAGAGAUCAUGAGCCAGCUCAGCAGAGCCCGGACGUCCCGGUCCUCGGCCACAGCUGCCGCCCUCGACUUUGAGUCUGUCCCCGGCAACUACCAGAUCGCUCCGUCACGACCAGUUCUCGCCGACAAUGGACGAUCAAGAAGCAACACGAUACCCCGCAGUGUGACGGCUGCCCCCGGCAUUGCUGCUGCUGACAGUGUUUCCCUUCAGCUGGAUCACGUCCAGUCACAGGACCAGAGCCGUCCCAUGAAGCGUUCCAAGACCACACACAAUGCCGGUCCAUCCUCUGGCACGGGCAUGGGGAGGUCCAGCUCAAAUAUGUCCAUUCAACCAGGUGUCCCCAGCGGCAGUCUGUCGGGUCCCAGUUCGGCCAUGCUUGAGCAGUAUCUUGGUCAGGGUCAGAUGCAGCAGCCCGUCAACGCCUUCUUCCAGUCACAUUCCCAGCUCCAACCAACACCAACGGGCAGAGAGAUGGAUGUUGCCGAUUUUCUCUCGAUGCGGGAUAUGGGAGGAGACCUUUCCAGCGUCUCGCCCAUCGCCAUCCCUUCCUCCAGAAUGUUGUCGCCCCAAGAGGCAUCACAUUAUCCCGACUCAGGCAUGCCAUCGGCUUGUGGUUCUUUGACCUCGGGCCCAUCUGUCGGAACCACGGCCAUGUCAAGAUGCAACAGCAACUUCAACGACAACAACGCAGCCAUCCUGUCCCAACUUGAGAUGGUCCGCAUUCGGUCACAGCAUUCCACCAAUGGACAAGCUCGACAAGACAGCUUUGGCCCGAGUCAGCCGCCGUAUCAUCAACCUUCGUUGCUUGGAAAGAGGUCGGCCACAGACCUUCACAUGGGAACCGGCCCCAGCGCCCACUUUGUCGGUGCCUAUCCUUCUUCUGCGCCCAUCGACUCGAUGCUUCACCAACAUCAGAUGAAGAAGUCGCCCUCCUCCCAGUCGAGCUCUCACUCCAUCUCGUCGGCGGCCAUCCAGGAACUCAAUGCGGGAACGUCAACGCCAAGUCUCGUCAACUUCAGCCAAAGCCAGAUGUCGUCAAGAAGGAACAACCCGCAUCGGCCACCAACAAGAAGGACCCCAAGGCCGUCAUCACCAAGACCAAGUAUGAGCGCCCCAAGCACCCCAAGGUCGCUGCCACCAGUGCAACGGAACCCCGAAGGGUUCCGGGGUGAGCACGAGCUGCGCCGUCACACCGAAGCCAAACACAAGAGCAUGGUCAAGAAGUGGAUUUGCCAGGACCCUGGCCUGCUCGGCAUCCCGCACGCAGAGACGGCCGCCAAGCCUCUGUCGGAUUGCAAGCAAUGUUCGGCCUUUAAGCAGUACGGCGCUUAUUACAAUGCUGCUGCUCACUUGAGACGCACCCACUUCAAGGUCAAGGCACGGAAGGGUGCUGGUUCCAAGAAUGGUGCCAAAGGCGCCAGCUCGGCCGCCAAGAUGGAGGAAGAGAAGCGCGGCGGCAAGGGCGGCGGCGAUUGGCCCCCCAUGUCGGAGCUCAAGCUGUGGAUGAUGGAGGUGACAGUGCCGAUGGACCAGGAGGGUGCCCUCGGUCCUGACGGGAGCGACUCGGUGGGCCAGGUCGAACAAGAGGACAUUGACAAUGAACUCGGCGCGCAGGCUUAUGGUGUGCCACCCAACCUUCUCGGCAUGGACGCCUACAGCAACAUGGCCGUCUACGCCGGACUUGGUGGGGGAUUCGGUCAGGAUCUUUCGUCACAGGGUCUCCAAGGCGAGCUUGGAUCGCAGCUCUCCGAUCUGUAUCCGCUCGACACCUCGGUCUUUGCCGCCUCUUUUCAUGGCCUGCCAAUCUCUUCGGCCGGUUUUGCGGACUGUGGUCCAUCGCAGGGACAUCAGCUCCAGCAGGGCAUGCCGUCCUCUUCGAUGAUGAGCAUCGACACCUCCAACUACACUUCUCCAGUCUCGUCGACGGCCACUCUCACCCAGGCCGGCAUGUUUGUCAACGACAUGCUCCCGCCCGCCAUGAUGCACACCCGUGAUGACUUGCACGACAUGCCAUUUGACCUUGCCUUUCCGGUUGGGGGGCACUAG